ACUAGAACGUUGAUUGCGCGCACUGCUAUCAUCAAAAUGUCUCGUUAAUCGAGAUGACAAAAUAAAUUAUCACGAUCUGAUAAACAAAUCUAUGUGCGAACCCUCGGCGAAGAAUCGCAAUCGUCAAGUCUAAUUAAAUCACAAGUAUACAGAAGUGACGAAGGCAAAAUCGGGAACGAGAGAUUUCGGAGAGAAUUAAUAUUUUCCGAGGAUGAUGGAGUCAUACAAGAAGAUUGAAAAAUCAGAUCGUUACCCACGAUCGCGUAAUCGACCAGAGUUGUUCCCGACGAGCGUGCAAGAUGGAAGAGCGUAGAAGUAAAAUCAAUCCAAUCCAAAGUAAAACGUCCAAUAUAAUCGUUGAAGAUUCGAAGAGUAUUUUUUCUCCUGCAGAUAAUAUCGAUAACGAUAAAUUAAUCGAACAUUCGUCUUCCACAAGCACAUCUCCAAAAAUGUCCCCGUCGGAUGAAUUAACAAAUAGCAAGAAAAAGGGGAAGAAGAAGAGUACAGAAGACAAAGAUUUGAAUUCUGCUAGUCAAACGCGAUCAAGUUGCGCGAAAGAAGUGAGUGAGUCUAACGAAUAUCUGGAUAAGAACGCCCAGCAGCCCAAGCUCAAGAAGGCCGCCUGCACCAGCCCGACGAUGGUCUGUAAAUUUUGCAACAAGAAGUUCCGCUCGCGGAAGAGCUACUGGGCCCACGUGCGCACGCACUCGGGCGAGAAGUCGUACACGUGCCACGUCUGCGGGAAGCAAUUCGUUCAGGGCGGCAGCCUGUAUUAUCACCUGAAACACGUGCACGACGGCGUGAAGAAUCACACCUGCGACUUAUGCGGCCGCAGCUUCGCCAUGAAGACCGCCAUGGAGGACCAUCGACGUAUCCACACCGGCGAACGUCCGUACGUGUGCCACACUUGCGGCAAGACGUUCAAGACCAAGGCGUCCCUCUACAUACACAGCAAGACCCACACGGACGAGUUUCCGCACAAGUGCACCUAUUGCGCCAAGAGGUUCCGCUGGAGGCAACAGAUGCUGGGCCAUCUGACCGUGCACACAGGCGAGAAGAAUCACACUUGCGACGUGUGCGGCAAGGGUUUCGGCGUGAAGAACGACCUGACCAGGCACAAGCGCGUCCACUCCGAGGAGAAGCCGUACACGUGUCAGCAGUGCGGCAUCAGCUUCGGCCAGAAACGUUAUCUCAAAAGUCACGAACGCUUAAAGUUAGGGUCGUGCGGGUAUUCGCGAAGUUCAAAUAGAAUUGAGUCCGAAUUAGCGUCGUCGAAUUCGAGUUGAGUUCGGAUAAAUAAAUAAUUCGGAUAAUACACAAAUGUUCCUGAUAUUAAAAAUUUUUAAGCUGCUCGAAAGAUCUAUGAUAAUUCCAUAAGUAAAUACUCGCGCAAUCGUAUUUAAGAUACAUACAGGGUAAUCCGUUAUUGAUGUUACAAUUGGAAGGAUAAUUCUAAAUGCAAAAAUGUAAAAUAGAAUCACGUUAUAAACAUGAAGUAAAAUCUUUUUUCUACAAAACUUUGAUUUGGAAAAGUAAAUAUUUUGAAUUAAAUAUAUAUAAUUUCCAUAGUAAUAUGCCAUAACAAUGGUUUGUUGUAUAAAUAACUACAAUAAUUAUAAUUAUUAAUUAGUUAUAAAUUAUAAUUGUAAUUAUAAUAAAUUAAUAAUUA